AUGUAUUCCAAUUCGUUUGAUAAAAACUGGAGGCCAAGGCAAUACCUUGAACAAGGUAGACUUCGGCCUAAUCCGACUACAGCACCAUCAAUGGGAGGAUUUCCAAUGAAUCGAAUCCGUUCUGACCAAAGCUCGACCAGCACUCAAUCCGGAUCUUCUGGAGACUUUUACUCUCCGGUUCUCAUGAAUCGAAAUUAUUCGGAUCAAGGCUCAAUCAGUACCCAAUCUGGAUCAUCCAAGGAGUUCCACUCUCCGGCUCCUAGCAGUCCAUCCAUGUCUUUCGAUUUAAACCCCUCCCACUUACCACAAUACUAUGACGAUGGAUAUAACCAGGGAUACAACAAUCAUACCACAGCAUCAUAUAGUAUGGAGAGGAGCUCAUCAAAACAAAGUCAUUCUCUCAAACCAACCCCAUCUAGUCUUGGCUGGUCCCCCGAGACAGAACUCCUCAGACUUUACAAGUUGAUCGUACCAAAGGGAAAAGAGCCAUAUCUAGAACUACUUCCAGGGUACACAAUUCAUCAAGAUACACCUCAGCAGGUUUUUCUUGAUCCACCUAGUGAUCCUCAAAAAGGCGUCUAUCCUUGUCAAUUCCCAAUCAACUGUCCAGGCAAGCAAUUCCGAAGGCCUGCGGACCUAGAACGCCAUUAUAGACAUGUUCACGCCGAUGCCGAUCAGAAGGGUAGUUUUCCCUGCGACUACAAACCCUGCACCCGAUCCAAAGGUCCCUUUACCCGAAAAGACCACUAUCGAGACCAUCUCAAAGAUUUUCACAAAGAAGAUAUUGGGACUGCUAAACAACCCAAGAAUACAAAAGAUCCUAAGAAACUAGAAGAUCUUCAACAAGCGUGGCUCGAAGAACGUCAAAUCGAUCCGAGAUGGUGGAGAUGUAGAAAGUGUCUCCGGAGAGUUUAUGUGGAUACGAAUGGAUAUAAAUGCGUAAAUUGCAAUGAGGAAUGUGCGAAAGAGAGGAUAGAAGCGAGGGAGCAAAAGAAACGAGACGGGGAUAGAGAGAAAAUGUACUAUUCGGGUGAAAGAGCGGAUAUGAUGUAUGCGGCCCAGUGCACGAGUUGUAAUGGAAGCAUGUGGAUCUCGGAUGUAGGGUUUGGGGAAGAACAUUCGGUACCCUGUCCGAUAUGCGUGCCGAGUGAGGAGAUUAGCUACGAGGAUGUGGAGUGGCAGGAGGAUGGGAGUUUCGAGCCGGCGUACGAAAAUGCUUAUUAG